CACAUAAUUCCAGUUCUCCUCCGGCGGCCGACGGUGGGAGGUGGCCAAGUGCCCCCCCAAAUAAAUCUAUAUUUAUUUUUCUACUGCCGAUGAACGACUAAGUUCUAGAAUUUAUAAAAAAUAAUUAUUAACAUGGAUCUCACUUGGUUGUCGAAACAAAUUUCUCCAGCAUCACCGAGGGGAGUUGCAGGUAAUCCUUAUCCAUCGAGACCCUGGCUCCAGGAUCGUGCCGCUGCUGCCCCGGCUACGACGAACGUCGGCGUCAAGGGAAUCAUCGCCGGUGGAAUCACCGGCGGGAUUGAGAUAUGCAUAACGUAUCCAACGGAAUACGUGAAAACUCAGUUACAAUUGGACGGAAAAGCUGGGGCUGGCAAGCAAUACUCAGGCAUUGGAGACUGCAUUAAAAAAACAGUGAAGACAAAUGGAGUCCUGGGGUUAUACCGAGGGCUUUCGGUGCUGGUUUACGGUUCGAUACCGAAAUCAGCGGUGAGAUUCGGCUCCUUUGAGACCGUGAAAAAACAGCUGGUUGAUGAGGAGGGUAAGCUCAAUGCCCAGAGGAGGCUCCUCGCGGGUCUCUGUGCCGGUGUCUGCGAGGCUAUUUUAGCUGUUACGCCUAUGGAGACUGUUAAAGUGAAAUUCAUCAACGACCAGAGAUCGGCAAAUCCACGAUUCCGGGGAUUUUUCCAUGGGGUUGGUCUCAUUAUCAAGGAAAACGGGUUCAGAGGUGUUUAUCAGGGAUUGGUGCCAACGAUAAUGAAACAAGGCUCUAACCAGGCAAUCAGAUUUUUCGUCAUGGAAUCCUGCAAGGAUUGGUAUCGAGGUGGUGACAAUAAUAAACCUGUGCCUAAACUCGUCGUGGGAUUUUUCGGAGCUUGUGCUGGCGCAGCUUCCGUUUAUGGUAAUACACCAAUAGACGUUGUGAAGACCAGAAUGCAGGGUCUCGAAGCAGCGAAAUACAAGGGGAGCAUCGACUGUGCAGUGCAAAUAUGGAAGAAAGAAGGGCCAAUGGCGUUCUACAAAGGCACUGUCCCCAGAUUAGGGAGAGUGUGUCUUGACGUUGCAAUUACAUUCAUGAUAUAUGAUUCAUUCAUGGAGCUAUUCAACAAAGUCUGGCCUUGAAUGGCCAUCACAGCCCAACAAAUUGCCAUAUCAAGUGCCCUCGUAAUCAGUAGAAUUAAUAGAAUAAAUUUUUUAUGAAGUGGUAAACCACCGAAAAAAAGACCAAAUGAAUUCUCCAUUGUAUCUCUGGAGCUGGAAAGAUUGGAUUUAGAAUUUAGACAUUUAUUUUUCACGUGAAAAUCAGUUCUCAAAUUUUUAUUGGAAGUCUUUCCCUGGAUUUUCCAGCUCUGAAGAUAUAUUUCACCACUUCACAUCGUAAAUUCAAAAAGAUGCAGAACAAAUUAUUGAAAUGUUCACGUCGACAGAUUUUUUUACGUGAUUGUUAAUACCUAAUCUUUGAUGUACAUAAAACUAUUUUUUACGCAAUUGAUUUAGAUCAGCGGUACGAGUCUCCGGUAUUUCCCGAGUCCAAGAUUUAUACAUCAAAAUUUAUUUACCUCUGGUGGAUAAAAUAAAUUUAAUUAUGCACGAUAAUUGGAAAUUUACAAAUACCACGAAAA